AUGGUGUGUGACGAUGGCUUACAUGCACCAUCGCAUCCCCGCAAGUCUUUGCGCCGUCUCGCUUCUACACGAGGCUUCAAACCUCGCUCUGAAUUCUCCUGGAUACGCGUUUUUGACGGCCUUGAGCCUUUCGCCGUCGAUGCACCCAGCAAACUCAUCAAGGUAUCUCAGUACACCACAGCCGAAGAUGUUAAUAAGAAAUUGGGACUUAAUGAAGAAUUAACUCUGUGGAUCCAGAUUGGAGGAGAAAAUUCUAGACGUAUGGACUUAAAUGAAUUUCCAUUGAAAAUUCAAGAUGAUUUCCUAGCAAAGAAUGGAUGGACAUCUGAAGCUAGACGCUUAAGACUUGCAGUGGAUCCCGAGUUACGACAUUCUCUACGCUGGUGCACAGGUCCUGCAAGCAGGUCCGGUGGUGUAUUACGUUCAGGCACUGUGUUUGUACUGAAAGGCCACGUCUUUCCACAAUGGAAGCCGCGGCUUGCUCAUGUUAUUGGAUCGCAACUACAUACAUAUGGUGUUUCUUGGGAUGUGCUAGAGUUGAGUGGUGGCAGAAUAGAGCUCUGUCAGCCGAAAGCGCAAAAACUGGUGAUCUGCGUGAAGCCGCGUUGUCCAGGCUUAGUCGACUCUGGUAUCAACCACUUAUUCCUCGGCUUCAACACUGUAUGGGAACGAAACAUGUGGUUUUUCUGGUUGAACGAGGGCACACAAAGCACUCAGCCACCAAACGUGCUAGACCUCAGUAGUGGUAGUCGCUCGCAUCUGUCUACGGCUCUAACUCAACAUGCGUCGGACGGUUUUGCAGUGCGUGUACUGCGCUUGCGCGGUAACGCGCUACCCGCGGUGCCUUCACAAGCCUGUGCCUUGAACACCCUCACACACCUAGACAUCAGCAAUAAUAAGAUCACUGAACUACCUGAAGAAUUAUGUCGGUUGACACAGUUAGAAGAAAUUAAUGUAAGCGACAACGAAAUACAAUCUAUAGAUUGCAUACUACGGCUGCCGCGACUUCGCGCGGUUAUAGCAGCUAGAAAUUCAAUUAGGAAUUUUGGAUCGAAUAACUCGACGCAAAUGGGUCCAGGGGAAGAAAAUCGGGGAGAGUACCGAGCGCCGCUGACUAAUGUCGACCUCCGUUACAACAGAUUGAAAGGCAGCAUUAUACUUGGCAAUUAUGAACACCUAGUAUCGCUGGACGUGUCGCACAACGCGGUGGAGGUGCUAGUAGUGUCGGCUCUACGUGGCCUGCGCGAGCUGUACGCCGCGCAUAACUCCAUACAGCAUCUCGCACUACACGGUGCUUCGCUUCGAGUACUACACGCGCCUUAUAACCAAAUGGACAGCUUAACUACGAUGGUGCCACCGAUAAACUUAGUAGAGAUUGACGUGUCACACAACAAGCUAUCCUCGUUACCUCAAUGGCUCAGUGGUUGCUCAGACCUCACUAAGCUCUACGCGAGUAAUAACAAACUGACUUCACUCCCAGAACAUUUAUUCUGUAGCGAAUUGUCAAGCCUAAGUCACCUUCAUUUAGCUCAUAAUAAAAUAACGAAUUUCCCGUCAAUGCCUAGGUUAAGAUCGCCUUUAAAAGAACUUUUGUUACACGACAAUUGUAUACAAGCACUUCCUGAGAACUUUUUUUCGAUAUGUGAUAGAUUGUGUGUUUUAAAUCUGUCUAACAAUAGAUUAAGUCGUCUACCGCGUGUGAGAGGUGCUUCACCACAUUGCCUAGAACGCCUAUACUUAACAGCCAACUGCCUAACUGAUGAAGUUAUAGACGUAAUUAUAACUUUUCGAGGCCUGAAAGUACUGCACAUUGCCUAUAACUGCCUAACAAGUCUACCGGAGAGUUGUUUUACUUUCUGGCCAGAAGUCGAAGAGUUAGUUAUAUCUGGAAACUCUCUCAUAAAGUUACCUGAUAAUUUGCCGCAGUUAAAUAAUAUUAGAAUUGUUCGAGCACAUUCAAACAGACUACGUUCUGUUCCAAUGUUUGCGUGUAGCGCUUCAGUGAAAAUUUUAGAUUUUGCCCAUAAUGAACUAGAUAGUAUAGAUCUUAGGCUUUUAGCCCCAAAACAAUUGAAAUUUUUAGAUAUAUCUUGUAAUAAGAAACUUCAAAUGGAUCCAUCACAAUUUAAUGCUUAUAAAUGUCAACGACCAUUAAGUCUAGUCGAUGUCACAGGACAAAACGCGGUAUCAUGGACUCAAAAAACCAAUUUUCAUGAAGAAUUAAACGGACUUACUCCCUGGGUCACAGGGUUUUCAGAAUGUCCAAAUAAAUUAUUACAAUUAUCAUGUGCACAAAUUCGUUUGCCGUCAUUUUGCAACAAGGAAGGCUUGUUUGCGAUAAUCGACGGCGAGUCUGAUACCGAAGUACCUAAAAUUCUACAGUCUAGCUUACCAGGACUUUUACUUGAAGAGAAAUCAAUUAAAGAGACUGUAAAUGAAUAUAUGAAAUAUGUUGUUCUCUCAGCUCAUAGAGAGUUAAAAGAGAAAGGUCAAAGAAGAGGCGCUUGCCUCAUAAUGUGCCACUUAUCACCAGUUAACACACCUGAGAAUGGUUUCGGACAAACCCCUAAGAAAUAUAACCUACGAUUAGCAAACGUUGGUGAUACUAAAGCUGUUUUGAGUAGACGCAGUGGGCCCUUAUGCCUUGGUGCAGAGAACAAUAAACGUAUAGGUUACUCGUCUAGAUAUCCUAACACAGUACCUGAUCCUGAUGUCAUUCACACAGUCAUAAAAGAAGACGAUGAAUUUCUCAUAUUAGGAAACGGAAAGUUCUGGAGAUCUGUUACAAUAGAUACCGCCAUAGCUGAAGUAAGAGCUGAAAGAAAUCCAGUACUAGCAGCAAAAAGACUACAAGACUUAGCACAAAGCUAUGGAACAGAAGACUGUAUAUCGGUUGUGAUAGUGCGAUUUGAUACUGUACGCUCUGACGUCGACUUGCUAAUGCGAGAAUUACGAAAUACGAUAAAUACGAAUAAGUCAGUUUGCAAGUCUGAUUGUUGUUGCUCUCGAUUAGAACCUUGCUGCCAUUCAAUAACCCCACCAAAAUCUACAAGUGAUAGAUCAUCUCCGAGUGGGCAAAGCGAUCGACCACUUAGCGAAACUGUGAACCAACAUUAUGCAAGUGUAAGGUCUCAUGUAAAAGCUUCGGAGAGAAGACCUCGAGGUGGAGUAGCAAGAGCUAUUCGAGUACGCGUUGAAGAAGAUAAAGAAGAGGAAAGGAAGAACGAUGAUGUUCCUUCCUCUGAUGAACAAUUCAAAUGCUGGGAAUAUAUGUUAGAACAAAAUACGCAAAUGAUAUUCGAUAAAGAGCUAGAUAACCUGUCGAAAGGUAUAAAGUCGAAUGGAAGUAGCUUAAGGAAUUUAAAAGGAUUAUCCGGGAGUAGUCCUCAGCUACAUUUAACUGGAAAACAAUCUAAAGUUCCAUUUCUUUCAAAACAUUUCGGAAGUGCAAGAGCUUUUGGCAAUAACCUUAAACCCGAAUUUCGCUUUGGGUCGGGACGAGUACCUAACGGAGGUCCAAACGCUGCAUAUUUCGGCUCCCUGCAACGGCUCAUGCCUUACCACUUAGAAUACGAUUUUGCCGUUAUUCAAGAAAAAACAGCUCAGUCACAAGACUCGUUAGAUCUAGAAGGCCGCAUGCAACAGUACUGGGGAGUGGCUACUACGGAAUUG